AAAUUUAUCUCGUAUUUUCCAGGUUCCAAGAGAUGUUGGGAAAGAUCAGCUUGACCAGCUUGACAAUUCCCAAACCUGGCUAAGGUUGGGAAUCCAGGGUAGCAGUUCUAAUAUACAGAUGAGAGCACCACAGCUUGAAGUACAAUCUUUCUCUGGUUUACAAGAAUCGCCCCCGAACUCGAAGUUUUAUUGUCAAACUGGACUAGAAAAAUUGACUCCAUCUGGAGCCGAAGGGCAGGAUACCAGUCCUUACCAGGUUUCCUACCUGAGCUCAGAAAUGUCGAGGAGAAUUUCAGGAAAAUCUAAAAGAUCUACUCCAUUAGAUAACGUAUUUUAUGAUGUAGAAACAGGAACACGGUCUCAUACUUCAUUAGACAGGAAUAAUUCAGAUUUAGAAUACGAUGAAAACAAGAAUAAUCAGGUGAGAGUCCUUGGAUCACCAGAUCCUUCAAACUUAAGUUUUCCAACUGCUAAGACCCCAGGAAAUGCCUCAGGGAAAAGACCACUACGACCUUCAGGUUCGGUUAGAUCAAGAAAGUUCCCCAGAUCAUUGCGGAGGGAAAAAUCGUUCCUGUGUAACGUUCAGCCCGAGGAAACUGAUCUCUCAGAUGCAGAGCUGUUAGCACCCUUGUUAGGUGGUGUAGCAGAAAACUCUCAACCUGUUGCCAAAAAGCAGUCAGAUCUACUAAGCCCAUUGGAACCUCAGAAGGAUGGAAACCAGAGAAACCUUGGUUCUCCGGGGAACACAACCCCAGGCUCUGCACUGGCAAAACUUGCUUUCAGCCAUGUCCAAAUGAUUGAUAUUGACAGUAAUAAUCCAUAUGAACCUGAAGCUGAAAAAAUACUGUCCCUCUCUACUAAGCCCACUUCACUGAAGAAAGUUAGGAAAACGGCAUCUGUAAGGUCGACCAAAACUACUAUUCGUAAAUACAUGGGACUAGACUCAGAUCUCACCUCACAGUCUGAGGAUGAGAGAGCAAGAGCUCCCUUGAAACCUGGUAAACUUGCCCUCACCCCUUCAGCAGAGGAAUAUACUUCAAAGGAUUUUCCUGUCUAUACAAGUUCAUUGACAAAUCGCAAGUCUUCAGGAAAAGUUGCUGGGAGUGAAGGUAGAAACCAACUUCUGGUUGAAGAAAGUUUUAGAGCAAACAGAAGUCUUCAGAUGGAUUCAAAUGUUACAAAUUAUAGGGGUGAACUAACUAACCCUACUGGGGAUCUUCCCAUAAUUGAAAAUGAACAAUAUGUAACAACCCGGCACAAGAAUGGGCAAGACUUCACAUAUUCAGCAUCAACCACUGUUGCAUUAGUUGGUACAAAUUCAUCCAUGGAUAUUAUGCUGGAUGCUGUUCAUCUCUCAAUCAAUAAAUCUGAUGAAAAUAGUUCAGUUCUUCCGCAAUCUAGUGAUCAUUCAAGACUUGGCCCAUCAUCUCCUGUCAAUGGAAUCCUAAAUGAAAGUGCUCUUGUCACUAGUGUUCAACAGUAUUCUUCUUCACUCCACACGAUUCCGCAAAGAGUUUUCCAAUUAACUGAAGUAAAUCCUUCUGUUCCCAAUCCUAGUCCUAUGAAAUCACAAUCUGAUAUGCAAAACACCCAUGCAAAUGGUCCUGAACAAUUGACAUUUUAUCCUCCACAAAAAGAACUAACCCGUAUUCAAAUUCAAACCCACCAUCCUUUACCAGAUCCAGCCCAACCUAACUAUCAACAGGCUUUACCUGUGCAUACAUCUGGUGGUCAAUGUAAAGAUUGUUCAUCCUCAUCUCAUGGGAACUAUUAUAACUAUCCUGCCAAUUUAUCUUUUGGUCAACCUCCUCAAAGACCAAUUCUACCUAAUCAAGGUCCUACUUAUUAUGGGCCAAAAGGUUCUCCAUACUAUUCUCAGCCAACCUGUCAAGGUGGUAAUCAGCAGACCAAUCAUCACAUCAGUCCCCAUGGUAGUACCUCUGGAUAUCAUUCUACUCCACAAACUCUAGCAAGUAAUUAUCCAAAUGUGUUUAACUAUGAACAUCCUUAUAAAGCUCCACCAUAUCCCUCAGCUUCACAAGUACCACCUUCAACACCAGAUCCUACAAUUUAUUCUAAUAGAAAACUCAGUCGUGAGUGGAAGGGAGAGAAAAACUACUAUCAUCCUGUUUUUCAAAACUUUGACAAUAGGGUUUUAAUGCAAGAAAGUUUUAGAAGUAAAAAUGAUAUUUGCAUGGAUGGAUCAAGAAAUUCUUUCCAAGGAUUUGCCCCAGUUCAAAGGAGUAACCUAAUAGAAACUAGAGAGAGGAUUUAUUUAGAGCAACAAAACCAGGGUGAUGCUUAUAGCCUUGAGUAUCAACAUGCUCUCCCUGAACAUCAGUACAAUCAGGAGCAUGAUACAACAUCUCUUCCAAAUCAACCUGGUUUCCAACCUGGGAUUCAACCCUCUUACCAUAAUCAGAUUCAACUCACAUCUCAGCAACCACUUCAACACACCACAGUCCAGAACCAGGCACAUCCAUCUCAACAAGAAAAACAACAUCAAGUUCGAUACCACAAACACUCAUCUCCAGCCACAUACCAGCAUCAAACUAAUACCACCUCUCAACAACCCAGCACCACUUCUUCCAAACAACUAUUAAGAGCCCCUUCUCAUCAACCAAAUCAAGUUUCCUUUUUUCCCCUGCAUCAAACUAACAGCCACCAAUCACCUCAAAUCCUGUCUACGCAAACACCUCAAAAAUCCCUUCAGUCCCCAACUCAAACCAAUUUUCAAAUGUUGUUAAGAAGCCCCUCUCAGCUCCUACCUCAACAGGCAACUAACCCCAGCUCUAAGCAACCAUCUCAAAAUAUUUAUCUGAGACCAAUUCAGCCCUUCACUCAGCAAACAGUUAAAACAAACCAUCAACAACCACCUAACCUCAACUCGCAACAAAUGACUCCAACCCCUUCUCACCUACCCACUCAACCCUACUCUCUGCAACCAGCUCAAACCAACCAACAGCAUCCACCUGACUCCAACAAUCAUCAACUAGCUCAAACCAACUCUCAGCAACCACCUUUUGAUCCUCAUCAGCAAACAACUCAACUCAAUUAUCAACUAAGGAAUGAGCUCCUAGAUCAAAACUCUGUUCCCCGACCUCUCCUUCAUGUAAAUGAGAGAAAAAAUUCUGAUUCUGAGAGCAAUGCGAUAUCUGAAUCUAGUAGCCUUGAACCUUGCUCAACCAUCUCUUUUCCCUGCUCUUCUAAUGACUCUCAACGGCUUCCCUACUCAAGAAGAGCAGCAGCUUUAUCAUCCUUGGCUCCAACACAACCCUCUCAUGGUGGUGAUGUCCCAUCCUCAACCCAACCUACUCAGGGUAGUGAUGUUGCAUCUCAAGCAACCCAUGGUAGUACUGUCUCCUCUGUGGCCCCGUCUCAGCAAAGCAUGGUUUGGGAUACAUAUGAUCAAGACCGGGCUCUUUGCGUAACUUCCCCAUCAGAUCCUAAAUACAUCAGCAGUGACGACAGGGGUUCAAUCGAUAGCGUAUUUGAGAAAACCAUGUUACCCAACGUGAAUGCACUAGAGGAGAAGGAUUUGAAUGUGACCUACUUGGAGGAUAAGGUUAGACGGAUCCAGGGAGAGAGUAUUGGAAGAUUAGAUUCAUUGGAUGAAGUGGAAACUGAAUCUGAUUUUGAAAUUCUAGAAUUAAAGGAAUUUGAACCUAUGGAGAGUAUAAUGGAAUUGAACAGCGGAAAAAUACCAUCCGCGGUACCUUCUGAUAUUCUUUUACUUCAGAAGGAACGUUCAGAAUCUGUAACAACUAUUGUUCCAGAAAUGUCUAAGGAACGCCUCCCAUUUUCAACUAUUGAUACAGAACUAGAUUUGCCAAAGGAACGAAAUAUGUCUAUAUCAACCAUCGUGGCUGGCACAAAUAUGAGCAUGGAACGACCAUUUGAAUCUUUACAUGGACGAUCGAUAUCUUCAUCUUUUAAAGUUCUAGAACCAGUUUUUAAAAAGAAGGAAACAAAAUCUUCCUUUAUAAUCGUUCCGGAACCUUCGAAACGGAUGGAAUCGUCAUCAACUGAUGUCAAUGAACAAAGAACUGUCUUUAAAUCUCCGACGGAACAGUUGGAAUCUUCAUCAAAUUUAGUUACGGAACAAAGAACUGUGUUUAGUCCAUUGGGGAACAGUUCCCAUGGAACCCCCAGGGAACACUCUACAAGAAGGUUAUCAUUGCGUGAUGAAAUCACCUCUGCAUCAAAGAUUGCCUCUUCAAUCCUCUCAAGAUCAUCUCUGCUGAGAUCAGGAUCUACAAGAUCGAGCUCUACUCCUUCUAUUUCAACCAUGUCUCAAACGGAAACAUCCGGAUCCGGAAAUAUAGUCAAUGGAAUGAUCCGUGACUCGGUUUCGGACAAACCUAUACCUUAAAUAGCUGAUUGUUUUUACGAUCUGUUUGCGCCAUUCAUACCAUUUUUGUUUUAUCCGUGUUAUGUAUAUUGCAUAAUAAUUGUUUUAUUUUCAGA